UCUGUACGCAGGCUUUCGUCCCAGUGCAAAGGUGCCUUGUCUCAAGUAGCUGCUUCUUCGGAGGCAGGCUGCAUCAAUCCCGCCGGAUUGGUGCCUAUUGCGACAAACCCAGGAUCUACUCCGGACGCUCUAGACACUCAGUUCAAUAAUUGGCUUUCCGGUCUUUGCGACGUUGGGUCGUGUUCCAACCAGACCAUUGCAGAUAUUGUCACGAACGUCACGUCUGGCUGCUCAUCAGAACUCAGCACCUUUGGCAUCGGAACUGGCAACGUACAGGAGGAAAUUACAUUUGUGCAGCAGCUGUAUCCUGUGGCUAGGCAGAUUAGCUGCUUGAAGGAGUGA